AUGUUGAUCGAUGCUUGCGGCAAAGCCAGCCAUUGGGAGCUCGCAGUCGACAUGAUCAGCGAGAUGUUUCUGCAGAGCUUGCCCGCUGACGACUUCUGCUUCCAUGCAGCCAUCAGUGCCUGCGAGCAGGGCGGAUUUUGGCAACAGGCUCUUGGCCUCGUAGCAGACAUGCAGCUGAGAAAGCUGAAAACCGAUGGAAUUUGUUGGGGUUCCGUUCUGCAUGCAAUGAAAUUGGCCGGCCAAGAGGACUUGGCCCUGAAGACGCUCGAGAGCUUGAGGCAGAGGUGGGCGCAGCCAUCGGCGCGACAAAUGGCAGGGGCAUUUGGGACCUCGAUGGAGAAUUUGGCUCCAGAUGUUGUGAUCGGUGAUGGGGUGCUGGCGGUGUUCAAGCCUGCAGGUUGCACAAGCGAAAGCAUGCGUGAGCGCUUGUUGGCGGAGUUGCGUGCCAGUGGGUGGCACGGCGAGCUUACGCUGGUUUCACGACUGGAUCUUCCAACAUCUGGGGUGCUUCCACUGGCUUUGGGUGGCCCAGACGAUGGCCCCACGCAAUUCCUCGAUGCACAGUACGCGGCGCGGCAGGUGACCAAGGAGUACCUGUGCCUUUGCGCCGGUCAGUCCCUGGGCCCACGGGGAACGCGAGCUUCUAUCGACAGGCGACUCGUUGUGUCCCGAAGAUGGGGGGAGCGCCUUGGCAAACGAGUUGAGGCAUCUGCUGCUGGGAAGCAGGCGCAGACGAAGAUCAGGAUUCUGGAGCUCUUCCACAUUCCGCCAGAACUCGGCCGAGUUGAGGCCCUGGCGCUUCUUGCAGUUCGGCCUAUGACCGGUCGCCUACAUCAAAUACGAGUUCAUCUUGCAAGCAUGGGCAGCCCAAUUGUCGGUGACAACGCCUACGGUGGACGCUCCCUGGCGGGCAGUCGCCUUUUCCUCCACUGCCGAUCCGUCUCAUUGAAAGAUCUGAGUGGGUUGCCAUUUAAGCCGAAGUAUCCGUUGCCGGAGGAUCUGCAGCGGGUUCUGGCAGACCUGCGGCCGCGGUUGAAAGGGCUGGAAGAAAGAAGCAUCUCCUUGCGUGCUUGCCUGUAG